AAUUGAACGAAAUUGUUGUCUCAAAUUCAAACAAACAAAAUGGCGGAUCGUCAACAUUUUCCAUCCGCCAUCACGGAAGCCGUCUCUUCGAACACGGCGUGCCCCGACACCGGACCGAAAGCAGAAACAACAAACAUUUUUCUGCUACUCCAAAAGAAUAUAACGAUUGAGUCAUCAAAACACGUAUUCAGUUCGAUCGUUGAAUAUAUUUUAAUACUAACCUUAAUGUUUGCGUUCUCCGCGAUUUUGUAUGUUAUAUACAAGUCAUAUAUCAGUCCUGUUUUCUAUAAAAAGGAACUGACAGAAGUCGGCUUCGAUCAUAUACCUCAAGGUCCGGACAAGGGGAGGCGGAUCAGUCGCGCCCAAGCCUCCAGACGGAUGGGCAGCAAAUUGCCCCCUCCCUACCCCAAUGGGUGGUUCGCGGUCGCCGAAACAAGGGAGCUUAAAGUUGGCAGCGUCCUCUCUAUCGAUGCCCUGGGUCAGAAUUUGUGCGUGUACCGUGGCGAGGACGGCCUGGCCCGGUGCGUGGACGCAUACUGUCCGCAUUUGGGCGCGAAUCUUGCGGUCGGCGGCACGGUGCGUGGCAGCUGUAUCGAAUGCCCCUUCCAUAAGUGGCGUUUCAACGCGGCCGGCACCUGCGUCAGUUUGCCCGGCUCUGAUAUUGCACCAAAAGGCGUAUCGAUCAGGACCUGGUGCGUGGUGGAAACAGACGGCGCCAUCUGGAUCUGGCAUGACGCUGAAGGCAGGGAGCCGCUGUGGGAGAUCACCGAUCCACCUGAACUCAAGGACUUCGGGUAUCGAGGCAGAAACGAAUUCGAAGUCAGCGCUCAUAUACAGGAAAUACCAGAAAAUGGUGCUGAUGUUCCUCAUCUGAAUGCCGUUCACUCCUCCUCGCUGCUCAGUGAUCUCGGAGAGAGAUAUCCCGUACUGCACGAAAUCAUAGGCCGACACGUGUGGAACGCGGAUUGGACGAAAUCCGACGAUCACACAUCGCUAAUGCACAUCACGCAAGAAUAUAAAGUUCUCAAAUACGAUUUGGCACGCAUCGACGUUAAAGUUACACAGAUCGGCCCCGGACAUGUCCGUUUAUUCCUGAAGACCAGCGUCGGUCCUUUUUACAUAGCACAGUCGGUGACUCCUCUCGGUCCUCUGCUGCAGAAGGUCAUCCACCGGGUGUACUCACCGGCGUACAACGCGCCCGUCGGAGCGUUCCUCGUGAGGUGCGAAGCGUACAUGUUCGAGAGGGACGUAACUAUAUGGAACAGCAAGCGGUUCGUUAGCGCGCCUGCCUACGUCAAAACCGAUAAGACGAUACGAACCUUCAGGAAUUGGUUCGGUCAGUUCUACAGCGAGCACAGCCUCAGUUUCAGGGACGCGCUGCAGAAUCCAUUGGACUGGUGACGAUUUAACGCGGCCAUUUUGUACGAUUUUCGUUCUGUGGAGGGUAGAAGUAAGGAGCGCCAUCUUGUAUAGGGAUUGUACGGCUUCUAAUGCGAUACUGUGUAAACUCUUCUUAUAAAACAAGUUAGUUCCGAUUUUACUUCGUAUAUUGUCACAAGUGUCUGACGUGUCGGGUGGGUUAUGUACGACUGACCAUAUCAAGCGUUGCACAAAACCGCAUGCGCUACUAAUCCUAAUUACUAAUCCUAAUGCUCCUACAGGGAUCAAGUUGAAGGUGUUUUCCUGUAAACAGAAAGUUAUUGUUGGAAGACUCACCGAAAUAGCGGUAGUGUAGGAAGUGAAAAUGAUUUCAAUGUAGUUGUUUUAAACAAAAGUGUGCCGGGUUGCAGUGUGGUAGUUUUGGCACUGCUCUUCAGAAGUCGUCGUGGCCUAAAGGAUAAGACGUCCGGUGCAUUCGAGUUGAGCGAUGCACCAGUGUUCGAACCCCGCAGGCGGGCACCAAUAAUUUUUUUCUAACGAAAUACGUACUUACCAAAUGUUUACGAUUGACUUUCACGGUAAACUAAUAGCAUCGUGUAUUAAAAAUGAAACCCGCAAAAUUAUAAUUUACUUAAUUACUGGCUGCUUUUCGGUGUGAAGGGCGGGGCAGCCGUUGUAACUGAGAUUUUAGAACUCAUAUCUCAAGGUGGGUUAACCUUGUAGAUGUCUUUGCUCCGGUAACCACUUAACACCAGGUGGACUGUGAGCUCGUUCACCCACUAAGCAAUAAAUAAAUAAAAUGAAUCCUUCCACUUGCUACAGUGGCGCCACCUUAAUUGGCUCCUUUACAGCGGACACUUUUUAAUACACAGAGAUGGCGCUCCUUACUUCUGCCCUUCAUAUUCAGAAUGGAGAUCGAUCUCUCAAGACGAAAUUAUUUCCAGUGUCGUGUUUUAUGAAAAUCUUCUUCGAACUGCUACACGAAUACUUUAAAUGUAAGAUAGAGAUGAAAUAGUUUCAGUUAAAUUGGUUGUUUAUUGAAAAUUGGCUUUUUGGGGGAAGUCUAGAAGUCACGACCAGCUAGUUUGUUCAAUUUUCCAAUAUUAGUCCAGAGGUCGUAGCCGAAAAAGAUGGAGUGACCAAGUGUCUGAGUGUCUGGACAUGAGACUGAGCCACGCACUUCACUGUGCCACUGACCGACAUAAGUGGCUAAAAAUUACAAAAAAAAGUCACAGGCGGGCGCAUCACGAUGCUCAGCAAUGAGCGAUCGACUGAAGGAAGAGGAGUCCACUUUUAUAGCUAAGUGGCUUAUAAGCUAACAUUGUUUCAAAGUAAAGGAACACUAAAUUUCAAUGCACUUACCAUUGUUUAGCCAAAUGGUUUAUAAGCCACCCUUAUAAAGUUUCAAAGUAAAGCAACACUAAAUUUCAAUGCAUCCACCAUUGUUUACUCUGCACUACCUUUGGUUGACUGGUAGAGAAUGUCUUAAGCAUUAAAUUCGCCAAUGGUAAUUUAACAUGAAGUGUAAUAAAAAAACAUGUGUGCAAUUCACACGUGGUAGAAGUGAAACCUUCAAAAAUUUUAAUACAAUUGCGACUAUUUGGCGAUAGAUGGUGUUAUUCUUACCGGCGUAACAAUGUUAACUAGAUGUCCCGCAGUAGUCGAAAUUCGACUAUAACUAAUUGGAAUUGUAACUUUGUACACUGUUAUGGUUAUAUUUUAUACUUCUAUAAUCACAAAUUUCGCCAAGACUACACCAUAAAUAAUAUUAACAAAGACAAGCAAUAUUUAAUCUAUUCUCAAUUUGACAACAGAUGUCAAGAAUAAAGCAAGAGUUAGCUUUAACGUUAAAAGUUAAGUCAAAUUUGUAUAGAGUUGGAACGUUUGCCUACGUUUGCCGCUAGGGGCGCUGUUCCAACUCCAUACAAAUUUGAGUUAACUUUUACGCUAUCGAGAACGUUAAAAAAUUCACACUAUAAUCACUAUAAUUAGCGUUUAGAUAGAAGUUAAUUAGUUUUUAAAUGACAUUCGUGUGAGUAGUGUGAUGUGGGCAGUUAUGAUGUACCUUGUUUUGUUUUUUGUUUUUUUUAAAUAUAGAUCAACGAUGUUUGGCUUAAGUGACAUUUUUGAAACUUUACAGGAGAGCCAUUUAAAGUUUAAAAUUUGGAAACUAAUAUCAUAGCAAAAUAACUUCUUCAGCCAUUUGAAUGGAGUAAACUUAAUUGAAGUUCAAUUAAAAACAUCGAACUGUUGAUGCUGAUACCGAAUAAAACGGACCUUUAAUUACAAAGACAAAUGUCGCUUAAGCCACCUUUCACCCCUCGAUAUUAUAUUUUUUUUAGUUUAGGUAUUUUCAGAAAUAAUAAAAGACAAUUUUUAUAUGAUUUUUAAA